GAGGGCCGUACGGUGGCGCAGUGGUAGUUGCACCCUACAGCGCCAGACUUGGGUUUGAUACUGACUAGGGGUGCUGUCUGUGUGGAGUUUGUACGUUCUCCCUGUGACCGCAUGGGAUGUCUCCAGGUGCUCCUGUUUUCUCAUACAUUCCUAAGAUCACAGGUGUGGAAGCUAAUUGGCUUGGGUGAAAAUUGUCAGUUGUCCUUUGUGUGUAGGAUAGUGUUAAUGUGGACGGAUCGCUGGUUGCGCGAUUUCAAUGGACCGAAGGACCUGUUUCCGCACGGUACCUCUAAACUAAACUAAAAUACUCAUACUGCUGGGUUUGUAAACUGCCCAAUGUUUGUCAUGUCUGCAAACUUACUAAUCAACCCACCAAAUCAUUUAUAAACUCAAAUAAUUUAUAUAUUCAAAUGUUUUAUAUAUUCACAAACAGCAAAGGUCCCAGCACUGUCCCUGUGGAACAACACUGGUCACAGUGCCCUGGUCAAAACAAAAACGCAUCCACCACUACUCUCUACUGCCAAGCAACGUUUGAAUGUAAAGCCCAUGCAAUCUCUGGAUUGUUAUAAAAUCCACCUGGUUCAUUAAUAUUUUUAUUACGGAAAAGUAAAAAUCACUUGAUCAGUUUGUAUUCCUGGAAGUCUAGGGUAACAGAGUCAGGAGGUUGAAUUUUGUGUUCACUCCGAGGCAACAAGUCAACUGAAUUUAUCCUUGCCAAAAAAAAAGACCAACCAAACAUGUUAUGCACUCGGAAUGUAAAAUAAACGCAUCAAAGCAAACAUUACACAACCAAAACUCUUAGACUUUGUUCCCAUCGACUGAAAAUCGUUCAUCAUUUCGACGAAAUUUUAGCGACAUUGGUGAGGAAACUUCCAUCGUGAUUGUAUUUACCAAAUGAACUUUCAUACUUGCGGCUAUUUUAAAAUACAGUUUGGGGGCGGGUGCUUUGGUGUUGUAUUUGUCCGAUCAGUGUGAUCAUCUUUCCUCAACAUGGGUGGUCUUGGAUGGAGAAGCAGAUCAAAGGUCACAUUUGUUCUUGGUAUCAUCUUCGCCCUGUCUUGUCCAAUUACCCAAGCAGCUAGAAUAUUGGUUGUGCCUGUUGAUGGAAGUCACUGGAUUAAUAUGAAAAUUCUAAUGGAAGAGCUGAUCCUUCGUGGCCACAACAUCACUAUGCUUUGUUACUCCGCAAACUGGUACAUCAAAGGGAGACCCGAUCUGUAUCAAACCAUCAUAGUUCAAGCACAAGAAAACAUUGAAGCACCUUCAAGGAAAGAAGUGAUGGAAAGAAUUGUGCUAAUGUCACUGGACAGGUUACAGAAUGGUCACACCCUAUGGGGCAACAUAAUAUUACAAAAUAUAAUGGCUACGUUUAUGUACAAAUUCCAUAGACUACAUCAAAAUUUCAACAUUGCGAUUUUUGAAAACAAAACUUUGUUGAAUCAAUUUGAAAAUGCAAACUUUGACCUAAUACUCACAGAUCCUAUAUUUGGUACCGGGCCAAUGCUUGCGUAUUAUUUAAAAGUGCCGCUGGUGUUCAACGUUCGAUGGCAGAUGACAGGGGAAGCCCAUUUUCUCACUGCCCCGUCACCACUUUCCUACAUCCCAUUUCCUGGCUCACUUCUCACAGGCAAAAUGGAUUUUCUCCAAAGAACAGAAAAUAUCAUUCACAGUCUCUUUCACCGCUUGAUUUCAGAGUUUUUAACACAUCCAGUUUAUAAUGAAAUCUGCCAUCGGUAUCUGGGACCAGACACGGACAUCAAGUCGAUUCUCCUCAGAGCUGAUGUGUGGCUGAUGAGGGUGGAUUUUGUGUUUGAAUUCCCAAGACCCACCAUGCCAAACAUUGUGUACAUCGGAGGCUUCCAGUGUAAACCAGCACGGCCUCUGGCAGCAGAGUUUGAGGAGUUUGCCCAAAGCUCAGGUAAACAUGGACUUGUUGUAAUGUCAUUGGGGACCUUUGUCCACUCUUUACCAAUGGAGAUUACAAUGAAAAUAGCAGAAGCAUUAUCUCAAAUCCCCCAGAAGGUUAUCUGGAGAUAUGAAGGUGAGACCCCUCCCAAUAUAGGGAAUAAUACACUCAUGGCAAAAUGGAUCCCUCAGAACGACCUGCUGGGUCACCCCAACACACGAGCCUUUGUUUCACACGGAGGCACCAAUGGGAUUUAUGAAGCCAUCUACCAUGGGGUGCCAGUGAUCGGCAUGCCUCUGCUUUUUGACCAGUUUGACAAUGUAGUCAGACUUGAAUCCCGAGGAGCAGCAAAAGUGAUCAAUGUUGCAACGAUGCACUCUACAGAUCUGUUGCAGGCACUCAACGAGGUGAUAAACGGCACAUCUUACGGGGACAACAUGAAGAGACUCUCUGCUCUCCAUCGGGACCAGCCAGAGUCGCCAAUGGAGAGAGCCGUUUUCUGGGUUGAGUACGUUGCCCGACACAAAGGAGCCGGGCAUUUGCGCUCAGAAUCCCACCGACUCCCCUGGUACGCUUACUAUUGUGUAGAUGUGAUGAUCUUUCUGUUGUCUGUGUUACUCCUGCUCACUGUGUUGGUGGUUGGAACACUGAAGAAACUUUGUCGUAUUGUUUGUGGGAAAAAGCAAAAGACGGAGUGAGAUUUUUUUCCCCUUGGUAUAUUUUGUUCUUGGGAUAGAGUCUUUGAAGUUCUUUCAAAUUAAUAAAAAGGAAGUUAUACCUGUAUUUGAUGCGUCUUUCCAAAUUAUUCACAAUAUUGCAAAACAUCUUAUGAAAAUUGAGUCACAGAUCAGUGAAAGUAUUGCAUUUGUUUUUUGAUAGGCACAGGAAAAUAAAUUGUGAUUGUUAAUCAAUCGUGUGUGUGUCAGAUGGCAGCCAAGACAGAAGGGUAUCAUUUACAAAUACCAAGUGAUUACUGAACCAAAUUUGCAACAAUUCUACAGAAUAAAAUCAAAUAAGAUGCAAUCAACUUCAUUUAUUAUGUCUGAUGAACUUAUAGGAGCCUUUACAAACUUCAAAGUCCUAUAGAGCUGCAUCAUGAGUUACUGACUCUUACAUUCAAUGCCCCUCACAAUUACAGCAUACCAUAUACCUUCUUUACCACCCCAUCCACUUGUGCUGCUAUGAACUUGGACUCCGAAAUUCCUCUGCAUGUCAAUGCUGCUAAAGGUCUUGCUAUUCAUUGUACAUUCUCUCCUGACAUUCAACCUCCCAAAGUGCAACACCUCACACUUGCUCAGGUAAAUUCCAUGUGCAAUUACUCUGUCCAUUUCUCCAGUUGUUCUAUAUCCCACUGUAUCUUCUGACAGCCUUCCUCACAGUUUACAACUCCUCCAAUUUUAGUGUCAUCAGCAAACUUACUCACCGACCCAUCUACAUUUACAGUAUGCCCAGGCCAUCUAUAUUGCCUUCAUAGGUACAAAAAUAUAUUUUAAAAUUAUAAUUGUUGGUAAUAAUUGUUGAUUAGUUAAUAAAGUUUAAAUAUUCCUUAAGAAUGUAUCAGAUAUUAAUAACUUUCAGCAUCUGGAGGGCUAAUUCUUUCACACAUGAAUCCCACAGUCACGCAGACAGCACAGCUGUUAGCAGGGAACUGAAUCAUCCUACCACAAGCAGAGAACAGUGCUGUACUAUCUGCCUCUUUGGUGACCCUUGGACUAUCCUUGAUUAGACUUUGCUGACUGUACCUUACACUGAACAUUAAUACCUUAUUCCCAGUACACUGUGGGCAGCUCAAUUGUGAUCAUUUAUUAUCUUUCUGCUGACUGGAUAGCACGCAUCCAAAGCUUUUGAUUGUACACUUGACUCUAAACUAAACUAACUAACUAAAUGAUUGCAAUCCAUGAGUCACUUCGUUCCUCAAACCUGUUGUGUCACUCAGUUAGGGUAUCAUCUACCCAUUGGACCCAUCAGCCUCGAUAUGUUUGCUCAAUGGAAAAAAAUAUCAUGUCAUCUUUCAACUAACUCUUGACCAAGCAAUUUCUGUGGAAAGAGCUCAGUAGGAAGGAACUGCAGUUGCUGGUUUAUACCGAAGAUAGAUAAAAAAAGUGCUUGAACAAAAUACAACGUACUGGAGAAACUCAGCGGGUCAGGCAGAAUCCCUGGAGAAAAUGAAUAGAUGACAUUUCAGGACUGAAAAAGUCUGACGAAAGGUCUUGACCCAAAAGGUCACCUAUUCUUUUUCUCCAGUGAUACUGUGUGUCUCGCUGAGUUGCUCCAGCAUGUUAUGACUAUCUUCAAAUAUUCUUAAUUCAUUGAGUGCAAAAUGCGUCCUAAUGUCAUAUGCUAUGUUUGAAAUCUUCCUUUCUUACAUUUAGAUUACAUUUGCAUCUAUAUUCCACAGUGUCCAAACAACUGAAUAUAAACCUGAGAGGUGCAGUUUGCCCCCAUAUUUUACUCUUUUAACCCAGAUGCUGUUGUGAUUUAAUUUCGAUCUGUAAGCCCCUUUGAGACCAUUCUCCCACAGGUGUGAAGUCCCAAAGUGUGAUCUGAUCUGGGCUUUCAGCAUGAAAAUUGUUACUUGCAUCUCUCCAAAUCUAUUUUGACCCUUGACUAAUUUGUGCUUGUAUGCAAUCAAACAACAAUUUGCAUUUAU